AGAGAAGAGAAGAGAAGCACUCCAAUUUCUCUUUUCUCCUCUGGUCGCUGGCUGCUCCUUCUUCACCUACCCCUCCGAUCCAAGUCACCAUGGCCCGAGAACCCAACGACCAAACCCCCAUCCCGCCGGCGAAGAAGGCGACGAUUCCGGCCCAUAUGAAGGCCAUGUCGGGUUCUCUGGGAGGAAUCAUGGAGGCUUGCUGUUUGCAGCCAAUUGACGUCAUCAAGACCCGGCUGCAGCUCGACCGGACGGGGGCUUACAGAGGAAUCGUCCACUGCGGCUCCACGGUGUGCCAGACGGAAGGCGUGCGUGCUCUGUGGAAGGGUUUGACCCCCUUUGCCACUCACCUCACGCUGAAAUACUCGCUACGGAUGGGCACCAACGCCGUGCUUCAGUCUGCUUUCAAGGACUCCCAAACCGGCCAGCUCAGUAACCGCGGAAGGCUUCUCUCUGGCUUUGGCGCUGGGGUUCUGGAGGCUCUCGUUAUCGUUACUCCCUUUGAGGUGGUGAAGAUCAGGCUACAGCAGCAAAAAGGAUUGAGUCCAGAGCUUCUAAAGUACAAGGGUCCGGUGCAUUGCGCCCGCUUGAUAAUCCGCGAGGAAGGCAUCCUUGGACUGUGGGCAGGUGCAGCGCCCACCGUAAUGCGGAAUGGCACAAACCAGGCUGCCAUGUUUACUGCGAAGAAUGCAUUUGAUGUGUUCCUGUGGAAGAAACACGAAGGGGAUGGGAAAGUACUCCAGCCAUGGCAGUCUAUGAUCUCAGGGUUUCUUGCAGGAACAGCUGGUCCCAUUUGUACUGGGCCGUUUGAUGUAGUCAAAACCCGACUUAUGGCCCAGAGUCGAGAAGCUGGUCAUGCCAAGUACAAUGGGAUGGUUCAUGCUAUCAAGACGAUAUAUGCUGAAGAAGGGCUGCUUGCCUUGUGGAAGGGAUUGAUACCCAGACUGAUGAGAAUCCCACCUGGCCAGGCCAUUAUGUGGGCUGUGGCUGAUCAGGUUAUUGGUUUGUAUGAGCGGAGAUUUCUACCCAAUGCACCUUUGUAGGUUUUGUAACUUUGUCGCAGGCUUAGAAUGAAUCAGAAUUUUCUUUUUGUUUAACAGUGUCUUCUUUCUCCAUGAGAAGGUUAGGAAACUGGUCAGCAGUUUUGGAAUGCAUCUUCAUAUUAUUUUUGCAUGAGAAGCAUUUCAUUCUUCACGUGUUUGUUGCAUU